UUAAUGUUGAUCUAAUGUUGAACAAAUUCCUGGUGAAGCAGCUGAGAUCCAUGUGACUUUUUAAAGAUGGCGUUUAUUAAAGAGGAGAGCGAAGACUUCAGGAUUGAAGAAGUGUUCAGUCUCAAACGGGAAUGUACCGAGACACGAAUAGACUUGUUGGCGCCGAAAGAGCAGAAUGAAGAUGUGAAUGAAAACGACUGUUUCACAACCGAAGGGAAAUCUUUUAGUUCGCAGCCCGAGGAGGCUUCCACGCAAAAAAGCGAUCCGAAAGCGCACUUAAUUUGCCAGCAGUGUGGAAAGAGCUUUGCACGGAAGAGCAGUCUCAAGAUCCACUCGAGAAUUCACACCGGAGAGACGGCGUUGGCGUGCGGUCGGUGUUUAAAACGUUUUGCACAAGAAGAAACCUUUUACACUCACAUGAGUCUCCACGCCGGAGGAAGCCCUCACGUCUGCGAACUCUGCGGAAUAACCUUGAAACGAAAAGGAAAUCUUAAGAGUCACAUGAGAAGUCACACUGGAGAGAAACCGUUCGCGUGCGAUCAGUGUAAAAAACGGUUCACGCGUAAAGGAAGCCUCAGUAAGCACGCCAGGAUUCAUUUAAGAGAGAGCCGUUUCGUGUGUCAUCUGUGUGCAGUGGGUUUCGAAGACAUGAAACGACUUAAAAGGCACCUGGUAACUCACAUCGGACGGAAGCCUUUUCUGUGUCACCGGUGCGGAAAGGCCUUCACGCACGAAGGAAACCUUAAGAGUCACGUAAGAAUUCACACCGGAGAGAAGCCUUUCAGCUGCCCACAGUGCGGAGUCGGUUUCACUGAAAAAAGAAGCCUCACGGACCACGUGAGAAUCCACACCGGAGAGAAACCUUUCACCUGCCAAGAGUGCGGAAAGAGUUUCACUCGGAAAGGAAGCCUCAAGGUCCACAUGAGAAUCCACAACAGCGAGAAACCUUUCUCCUGCUCGCUGUGCGAGAAGAGGUUCAGACAUAAAAGAACGCUUAACAUCCACGCCAGAGUCCACACCGGAGAAAGACCUUUCCCGUGUCUCCAGUGCGAAAAGAGAUACGCGAAACGCGUCGAUCUGAAAAGGCACGCGCGGUCUCAUUCUGACAAGAAGCUGGCCGGAUGCGCAGAGUGCGGGAAGACGUUUAAAAAAAGAGGCAGCUUCGAGAAGCACGUGUGCCUUCACUCUGGAGAGGUUAGGGUACCUUUGGGUCCUUGAACCACGUAAACAGCGGAGUCUACGAAGAAAAAAGUGUUAGUUCGUUCAAAUAUGAAAAUUAGCCUGCUUUACUCGACUCUAAAGCAGAUUCCGUUAUUCCGUAUCCUAAAACUGUGGUUUGUAUAGUCUCUAAAUUCACUGAAAUAUAAUGUCCUCCUAUGAGGACACGGGGUCUUGGGAGGUUAAGAGCAAGUCAGUUCGGAUGUCAUAUUCAAGAACGUUUAUUUGUUGGAUGUUUAUGACGUGAUAUAGAUUUCUGUACAUGUAAUCAGUUACUAGCCAGCGCUGCUCAUAGUCUUCUCCUGAAACAAGGUUCUUCAGAAACGCAGAAGACUUUCUGCACAAUGUGAAGUUUGAGGUAAUGAGAGAAAACACCUGAACAAGAAGCUGCUCCUAAGGUGACUAAAGGAAGAGGAACAAUCAAGGUGUCAUGAAACAUGAAAAAAGUAAUGACCACUGACAAAAGCACACUUGUUUACUGAAAAAAAAAAAACAUAAUGCUGUUAUUUUCAGCCAUUAUUUUUGCACUUAGUGUAAAUAGCAUGUAAUUAGAAAAGAAAGGAUUAGCAGACUUGCUGAUUGCUGGACAUUCAGUCAGUAACCUUAGGUUGAUGUCCAUUCUUAAAUAUAGAUCAUUUAUUCUAUUGCCGGCUAUCUAAUGGCCACUUGUAUAGACUCAUUCACACAAUAUAGCCAAUUAUCGGAUAUUUUCACUGCAGGAACAGGUGUACAUGAAGAAUUUGCAAUACGUUGCAAAAACUGCUCAGAAACAUGACAUGGAAAAAGAUCAAGAAAACCAAUGUCCCGCUUAAAACAGCAGCGCUCUUUAAUUUUUCCCCUUCCUGCUACUGUUUAAUGGAUUAAAGUUUGUUUUCUGUCUUAUUGCAGAAACUUGCUCUUCAAAGAGUGUACUUUUUCAGUGCAAGAGUCUGAUUCUCCCAUUACUCUCCCUCUGUCUUCAGUGCUUUUUUUGAAAAAUGUAUUUAAAAUGUAUAUUUUUGUUCAGCACCAAAAUAAGAUUCAACAGUGGCCGUAACAUACUCUUGCAGCAUAAAUCAGGGGUGUCUGCUCAAUCCUGCUCCUGGUUUCCCGAUAAUGUACUGAAGAGUUUAACUACAACCUGCUCCAACACACAUGCUGGAGGUUUGUGGUGAUCCAGAUCUCUCUAAUUAGCUGGCUUAAUUGGGGUUAAAGCUAAACUCUGCAGGAUUGGGCACCCUAAGAGCAGAAUUGGGCACCCCUGCCCAAAAGUGUUACUCCACCCCAAAAAGUUCAAUUAUGUCAUUAACUUACCG